UUUCCCAAUGUAAAAAUCUGUGAAAAAAAGCUGCCAACGAAUCAAUUCCCACACUAAGGGGCCAUCUGUUUAAAAACGGGCAGUGAAGCAGCUUCUGCUAAGACCUACUAUACAUGCAGAUUUCAGACUUUCUGUGCUCUUCUAUAUAAGGAUGCGACCAGAUCAAAUUAACUGUGUUCCACAGCAAAGGCAUAAACCUGGGUCAGACUCUGUUUUCACUGCUGGACAUGAGAACUGUGGAAACCGCUAUAGGCUAAUAGGGCAGAGUCUUCACAAAAUGAAAGCUUUAGAAAGUCUAGGUUAUAUCUCAUUUUUUCUCAGAUGGGAAAAACAGCCCAGGCUUAAUCUCAAACAAAAUUAUCUUGAACUAAGAAGACACAGUUUAUUACAGUCCCCCCAAAUAUCAAAGAGAGCUCUUAAGACCAACUUGAAUAAAGGUCAUGAACUGACUCAAAACACUUAAUCAGUGGCUUUAUGAAUUACAGUGAAUGCUGCUACUCUCUAAAAAUGAAUGUAUCAAAGAGGAAAUAACCUCUUUGGCAUGCUUACAACUAUACAACACAUUUAUUUCACUGCUUGCAAGCGUCAGUGUUGCAGGCUCAGAAUAUUGAGAAGGAAUUCAGUCCUUGCAGCAAGCUGGCCCACGGAACAGACGAGACAACAUGCUUGGAAAAGUCACAAGUAAAUGAGAAGCAGGGGAAACUCUGGCAUUCAAACCCAAAAAUGACUCUACAACUACAGCAAAAAAGGGGAAAAAAUAAUAUAUAGCUAUUUUUUCAAAGCUAUUGGUUUCUUUCACUGAGUCUUUGAAAAUCUAAGUCUCCAGAAGAUACUAAAUAUUUGAAUUCUCACCUACAAACACGGACAGAUGUGUGUACGUUCUCAGAGAACUUGAAUUUUUUUAAAAAGAAGUGUCACCUUUGGCUUCGAGUGUCUGGCCUAGGAACAGUGCCUUAAAAAAAGCAGAUGACCAGCUUAGCUACUGACCAUGCUGACUACCGUCCAGAAUUGGAUGGAAUCGCAGAAAAACAGCGAAUGGCUCUUUCUUAUAGAAUGUCUGAACAAAGUGCAAUCCCUGAGCAUGCUCUGCAGGGCACAUUCAAUCGCUUGAUGUCUCCUAACCAGUCUGGAUUACAGACAGAAUCAGUACCAAAGGAAAUGAAACAGAUCAUCGAGGAACAGGGAAACACACUGCACUGGGCAGCUCUUGUAAUACUCGUGGUGAUAAUACCCACGAUUGGUGGGAACAUCCUUGUUAUUCUGGCCGUUUCACUGGAGAAAAAGCUGCAGUAUGCUACCAAUUACUUUCUGAUGUCCUUGGCGGUGGCUGACUUGCUGGUUGGAUUGUUUGUGAUGCCGAUUGCCCUCUUGACAAUAAUGUUUGAGGCUAUAUGGCCCCUCCCACUUGUUCUAUGUCCUGCCUGGUUAUUUCUUGAUGUUCUCUUUUCAACUGCAUCCAUCAUGCAUCUCUGUGCCAUUUCAGUGGACCGUUACAUAGCCAUCAAAAAGCCAAUCCAGGCCAAUCAGUAUAACUCAGGAGCUACUGCAUUCAUCAAGAUUACAGUGGUAUGGUUAAUUUCAAUAGGCAUUGCCAUUCCAAUCCCUAUUAAAGGGAUAGAGACCGACGUGGAGAACCCAAACAACAUCACCUGUGAGUUGACAAAGCAGCGUUUCGGCAACUUCAGGCUCUUUGGCUCACUGGCUGCCUUCUUUACACCUCUUGCGAUCAUGAUUGUCACGUAUUUUCUCACCAUCCACGCUUUACAGAAGAAAGCUUAUGUGGUCAGAAACAAGCCCCCACAACGCCUAACAUGGCUGACUGUGUCCACAGUUUUCCAAAAGGAUGAUACACCUUGCUCAUCACCUGAAAAGGUGGCAAUGCUGGAUGGUUCUCGUCAGGACAAAAGUCUGUCCAACUCAGGUGAUGAGAUACUUAUGCGAAGGAUGUCCACAGUGGGGAAAAAAUCAGUGCAGACCAUUUCCAACGAACAGAGGGCCUCAAAGGUCCUUGGAAUUGUGUUUUUCCUCUUUUUACUUAUGUGGUGCCCCUUUUUUAUUACAAAUAUAACUUUGGUUUUGUGUGAUUCCUGUAACCAGGCUACUCUCCAAAUGCUCCUGGAGGUAUUUGUGUGGAUAGGCUACAUUUCCUCAGGGGUGAAUCCUCUGGUCUACACCCUCUUCAAUAAGACAUUUCGGGAUGCAUUUGGCCGAUACAUCACCUGCAAUUACCAGGCCACAAAGUCAGUAAAAACUCCUAGAAGAUGCUCUAGCAAUAUCCACUUCCGGAAUCCAAUGGCAGAGAACUCUAGGUUUUUCAUGAAGCAUGGAAUUAGAAAUGGGAUUAAUCCUGCCAUGUACCAGAGCCCAAUGAGGCUACGAAGUUCAACCAUUCAGUCUUCAUCAAUAAUUCUAUUAGAUACACUUCUCCUCACCGAAAAUGAAGGUGGCAAAACUGAAGAGCAAGUCAGUUAUGUAUAACAGAACUGGCUGUUUUCAUCUAUUACAAUCAUGAGUAAGAUGAUGAAUGAGAUAUAAAUGUAUCAAGAAUUACAUAAAGAACUACAGUCAUAUAUUAAAUCAUCUAAGAGUUAAGUAUUAAGAUUAUCUAAUUUUCCUUAUUUGGACAAAAGUACUCCAUAGAAAACUUUUGUACAGCUACAAAUGAAAACAACCCAACACUCUGGUUACACGUCAUCGCAUCCAAAUGACAUAAAAUUAAUACAUUUUAAAGCUUAAAAAUGGAUCAAUAUCAUAAAACUUAGUUUCUAACUGUAUGCAAAGCUAUGCUAAGAAUGAAAUAAAACAAACUAGCAUUAACCUUGUCUUCAGCACAUAAAAGCUUACAGCGUGACACAGAACAUGACGACAAAGAGCUAAAAACAUGCAUGAAAGAUCACAUCCACAGGUGAGACAGACUGCCAUUUAGUCUGGGCUCAAUGCAGUCAGAGUCCUCCCUUGAUACGGAAACCACCUUGACGGAAGGUGAGGAACGCCAGGAGCUGAGCAUCAUAAAAUAAGAGGAUCUCAGAGCUGUUUGUUAAGCGGCUGAUGCCAGACAUCAACCCAGCAGAGGUGGGUCUACUGCAGGAGAAAGCAAAUGCAAACUCGUGUACUAUCUGAAUCUUACUAUGUUUCUUCAAGUGAUUAAUGAACGCAAACAAAUGAAAUCAUGGCACAUCAAUCUGGGGACCCAAACUUUAAGUGACCUCACAAACUUAGAUCAUGGCUGCUUGUGCUUGCUUAAUGACAAAGGUAAACAGAACUCUGACACGAGAUUUUUAAGUCACUCUUUCAUUAUUUCAUUUUUCCUGUAAGAUGUGGUAAUGAGUCCAACCUGUGCCACUCACUAGUCAGCUGAUGGAAUUUAGAAUAGACACUUAUAAAGCACUGAUCUACUAUGGAUGUUAGAAUCUUAGUUCUGUUAUUUAACUACGACAAUGAAAAAUUUCAUUAAUUGUUUUGGCAUUCAAUCUCCUUACCUUUAAAAAAUGAGAAUACUGGCUUACUUCUAAGUUUCUUCCACCUUUAAAAAUUCUCACUCUAGGGGCCAGAGCUGUGUCAUACUGGGGUAAGCCUCUGCUUGUGGUGCCUGCAUCCCAUAUGGAUGUCAGUUCAUGUUCCAGCUGCUCCUGCUCUUUUUUGUUCUUUACUUGACAGGUAAACAGUGAGAAGGAGAAAGACAGAGAGAAAGGUCUUCCUUCCACUGGUUCACCCCCCAAAUGGCCGCUAUGGCCAGCACUGUGCAGAUCCGAAGCCAGGAGUCAGGUGUUUCUUCCUGGUCUCCCAUGCGGGUACAGGAGCCCAAGCACUUGGGCUAUCCUCCACUGCCUUCCCAGGCCACAGUAGAGAGCUGGACUGGAAGAGGAGCAACCAGGACUAGAACCCGGUGCCCAUAUGAGAUGCAGGCACCGCAGGCGGAGGAUUAACCUAGUGAGCCAAGGCAACGGCCUCCAGCUGCUCCUCUUCUGAGCCAGCUCUCUGCUAUGGCCUGGAGAGGCAGUAG